GCUUGACAGUAACCAUUGAAGGAAAACGGAGCAGAAGAGCGAAACAUGGCGACUUCGAACAAUCCGCGGAAAUUCAGCGAGAAAAUCGCUUUGCACAACCAGAAGCAGGCGGAGGAGACGGCGGCGUUUGAAGAAGUGAUGAAGGACCUCAGCAUUACCCGGGCAGCGAGGUUACAGUUGCAGAAAACUCAGUAUUUGCAGCUGGGACCGAACCGUGGGCAGUACUACGGAGGAUCUUUGCCGAACGUAAAUCAGAUCGGAAACGGCACUGUCGAUGUGUCUUUUCAGAAUUCAGGACUAGACGCGAACAGAUCGACACGACACCACGGCUUAGUGGACAGAGUCUACCGGGACCGGAACCGCAUGACGUCACCGCACCGAAAGCCACUCUCUAUUGACAAACAUGGACGCCAGAUUGACAGCUGUCCAUAUGGCUCGGUAUAUCUGUCACCACCACCUGACACCAGCUGGAGGAGGACAAACUCUGACUCAGCACUGCACCAGAGCACAUUAACUCCUGCCCAGCAGGCCUCUUUCACUGGAGGGUCACAGGAGCUGCAGCCAAAACGAGUUCUCCUGCUCACUGUGCCAGGGGCUGAAUCAAUUAAACAAGAGGUUGAUGAAGAUGGACAAAAACAGAACUGGGAGUGCAAAAAGAACAUUUCAAGGUCCAAGCCCUGCAAAGUCCCAGGCAUCCACAUAUUCCCGUCUCCGGACCAGCAGUUGACCACUUCACUGAAACCAGCAGCCCACAACACUGGCGGUUCGCUUCCUGACCUGACCAACAUCCAGUUUCCUCCUCCGCUGCCCACCCCGCUCGACUCAGAUGAUGCAGCAGCCGCCUCGUUCAGCUCCUCCAACAGCACACAGACCCUGGCCAACACGCAAGGAGUGAACACAUCUCAGCCCACAGUAAACAUGGAAAUUCAGCCUGGGCAGGACAACAUGGUUCCUCUCAUCCUGAAUGCAGGAGACUCCCACCAGCACCAGAACCUGCAGCUCUCCCCCACAUCUCCACCUCUCAGUCUCUCUCAGGCGGCCAUCAACGCCAUGAACCUUGAGCAGCAGCUGUCCCAGUAUGCCUUCUUCAACCAGCAGCCGUCGUCUCAGAACCAACAGAGCCAGCAACAGACAGGUCUGGUCCAGCUGUCGUCCUCCGUGAACUCCUGCUCCACGUCAGACAACCAGACGUCCUCGCAAACCAACAUGACCAUAGACAUGAACACGGCCUCCUCCCUCCAACAGUACCGCAGUAGGGUCGGAUCCUCUGCCAAUCAGUCUCCAACUUCCCCCGUCUCCAAUCAAGGCUUCUCACCCGGAGGCUCGCCUCAACACAACUCCAUACUGGGCAGUGUGUUUGCAGACUUCUACGACCAGCAGCUCCCGUCCAUUCAGGCCAGUGCUCUUUCACAACAGUUGGAACAAUUCAACAUGAUUGAAACCCCGAUCAGCUCCGACAGCCUCUAUAACCAGACCUCCACCCUCAACUACUCCCAGGCACUUAUGAUGGGUUUGACUGGUGGCCACUGCAACGUGCAGGACUCGCAGCAGCUGGGCUACAGUAGCCAUGGCAACAUCCCCAACAUCAUUCUCACAGUGAGUGGAGAGUCUCCCCCAAGCCUGCCCAAGGACCUGACCGGCUCGCUGUCCACAGACGUGAGCUUUGAUAUCGACUCCCAGUUCCCGCUGGACGAUCUGAAAAUCGACCCACUGACACUCGACGGCCUGCACAUGCUCAAUGACCCGGACAUGGUCCUUGCUGACCCCGCCACAGAGGACGCGUUUCGCCUCGACCGGCUCUAAACACAGCACAUGCACAGGUGUGUGGAUGUUGUUGCCCUGAGGGAGGAGAGAGCCAGGUUUUGCAUCUGAGAGGAUACAAGCAAGAAGAGCAGAUUUCUGGAGCAUGCUAGUCGAGACCUCAUCAGGGCAGAGCAUCAAUUCCACACCAACAAACCACCAUCAAACCCCCACACGAAACAAUCAUUGUAAGAAAAUGCAUUGAAAUGUUUUUGAAGACUGCUGCAGGCCUCCCUUCUCUUCAGAACCGGAAAGAUGGCUUACCACUGAUGACAUUCAAGUUACGGUAUGAACGAUGUCUAUGGUUCUGUCACUACUUUUUUGCAAUUGAUACAUCCAAUUUUGAUGUAUUUUACAUGCCUAGUUUUGAUUUGAGGGAGCUUGAUCACAAGGGCAGAAGGAGCCCGGUCUCUUAUCCUCUGCCAAUGACUGACUGAACCAUGUCAGAGCAAACACUACCUACAGUAUACUUAUCGUUCACCUGUUAACAUAGAGUAGCUGGAUCAAGUUUAACCUCCCUCCCUGUGUGCCAAGCUGCUUGUUUUUAGUAGUACAUUCAGUCUGGAUAUUAAUUUAGCACUAAUCUCUGUGUGAUCUGUCAUAGAAGCCAAAGUCAGACCUGGUUUGAUUUUUACCAAAUUUCCUCAGAAGUCUUGAGUGAGGAUGAAUCAUUGUUUUGCCACCUAAGUUCUUCUUAGGGGAGGCUAACUUUUGAUUUUUACCAUAGUAAAUAGCGGUCAUCAGUUAUGCAUGAAAUCACAAAUCACUGUGCAGACUUGUUUUGCCUUAAUAGCUUAACAUUUUGUUUUUCAUGCAAAGAUGACUCUUGAAAAAAAAAACAUUUGAAUUGUCAGUAAUUUGUACUGUUUUACAGGUGGUUUGGCCUACAUCAUUCACAGUUGCAUUACUGUAUUUGUAUUUUUGAGGUGUGCUGAUCUUUAUACAUUACUUCAUUCAUUGUCACUACCAUAUCAUUUUUCAUAUUCAUCUAUCAGUCAGAUCUUAAAUGGAUAAACGAGUUCUUUGUUAUGAAAUAGAUGUUUACAGGCUUGUUUUGUUUUAUAUUUUACAUGUACAGAAUGUGAUUAGAUUUUGCGUAAUGGUAUCUAUGCAAAACUACAGCUUGAUUGAUUUAGGACUGGACAAAAUGACACAGAUAAAAUGAACCCUUAUGAAAAGGAAGCCAACGUGCAAGAUUCUUAUAGAAUGCACAGCGAUGGUGCCAUGUUAUAUUUCCUUUUGAUACUUUAUGAAACUCUUUACAUUUUUGCUUUCUGGCUGGUAUGUUGUAGAGAGAGAAAAAAGGCUCAGUGAGUAUGGCACACAGUACAAACUCUCCUGCAUUACUCCCAAAGAUGUGACCUCAGUGUAGUUGAAAUAUAUAUAUUUUUCCAGACAAUUGAACUGCCUCUAUACUAGAACAGCAUUGUUGAUGCAAUGAGAAUGUAUUUAGGUCACAUCUGUACAGUUGUGUUGUUGUCAUCUUGUCACCCUCAUUGCCUCUCAUAUCUAGCCUUUAUGUACUGUAGGACCAAGUGUAUUUCACCUCUCUCCGCAAAGAAAAUUUUAGGUUUUAUAUAUUAGAUUAUGUUUUUUUUCCCUUAGCGCUCCAUUGACACUGAAUAUCCUCAUUGUGCUUGUGUUAUCUUUUCCCUUUUUUCAUGUCACUCCCGGCUUCGUGCAUUUUUGCUCUUUAAAAAAAAUCCUCUGCGAACUCGGUGUGUUUUAUAUACCAACCCUCCCCCCAUGUGACUGUUAUGUGCACUGGACCUGUUUGCCCUGUCUUUGAUUAAACUUGCCUUCUUGUAAAAAAAAAAAAAAAAAAGAAAGAUGAAAAAAAAGCAAAAUUAUAGUUAUUUUUGAAAAGUCAUAUACAGAUAAUCUAUUUAAAAAGAGCUGUUUUUACCUAAUCAGUGACUAUUUUGUUAGCUGUCUACUGUUACACAGUUUUUCCUAAAUUUAGGGAAACAUUUGUAUUUUGGGACACUGGUGAUCAGAGGUGUAUCGAUCAUGUUCCCCUGCUGCAGCUCUAAACUAGAAAAAUGUGUAUAAAUUAAUCAUUGAUUAGAAAAUUAAAGGUCUAUUGUUAAGAUAUUUAAAGAUACAGGUAAAGUGUAGAGUGAUUUCUCAGAUGAAAUUUGCAGGGCAUAAUAUCACGAUACUGUGCCAGAUGGGAUGAACCAAUCCCUGAAAAGGUAUUUUAUGAAAUUUAUAUUAUAAUGUAAUUCAGUCCAGGUGUGAUUAUUAAAAUCAAAAUGCCCAUUAAAAUGAAUUUUCUAGGACACUAUAUAGCCAUUUCCCAUCAAUAUUCCACACUAUAAAAAAGGCUAUUCUGUAGCUGCAACAUUAUGUCUGUAAAUGUGUGUCAAGGUCCUCCUGUGCCAGCAUCGUUCACCAUUAUUCUCGCAUAAUGUAAAUCCAAACUGUUCUAACUUAUCGAAUCAGUUGAGCUUGAAGAUUUUUUCAUUCUUUCUUUUUUUGUUGUUGAAAAUACUCUAAUGUUUUGGAUGCAGUGUUUUUAUUUUAUUUUAACAAUGUUGUGACUGCAUGAAUCUCUGGACUUGUUUUUCCCCCUUUAUUGCUCGGGUAUUAUUUUCCUUUUGAAGGGUGGGGUCAGCUGUGUUCGUCCAAGUGUUUUGUUUUGGUUGUUUGGUGAUAUUGUCCUUUGUCUAUUUUUAAUCCAGCGUCAUGUGUCGACUAUGUAUCUGCUAAGUGAAGCCUAAAAGCAUCAGAAAUAUGGUAAUCAGCCUUUUAUGCACAUGUAGAAGCUGUUGUUUGGUACGGUGUUUCACACUGCGAUAGUGUGUUGCUUAUUUUCUGUGCAACCCCCACAAAGUUUUAUUAUGUCAUGGUAAAUUUAGACUAGCUUUGUAUAUCGCUGUAUGGUAGGAACAAUGUUUUUCGUGCUUUAUGUGAUAUGAUGUCAAAGUGAGAAAAUGCACUGAGAAAUACUGUGCUGCAAUAUGUCAUUGUGGCUCUAUAUUCUCUGCUGAACCCCAGACUUUAUAGUGAGCCUGACAUCUUUGUAGGUCCAUUUUCUGUUUUGGUAAUGCUUUUAACUUUUUUUGUUUUUGUUUGUGCUAAUAUAGUUAGCUCUGACUGACGGUGUCGCCUGUAACUGCCACCUUUUUAUGCAUCAAGGUUCAGGAAUCCAUUGGUGUUACACCAGUGUUUACAGAGACACGAGUUUACAACAGAGCAAUGUUUGUUUUUCUCUCCUUGAAUAUGUUUCAACUUUAUUAGAUACUGAAUCUGGAAUAACUACAUAUGAACCACUUGCAGUGUAGAAUAGCAAAAUUAUUUUGCCAUGUAAAUUUAACAGUGACAAUAAUGAUAUAUUCUAUUAUAUGAGGUUACAUGAAUUAGUUAUAUUUUCUUUGGACUUCAUCCAUAUACAUUUCGAGACCCUGAAAGCACUUUUUUAUUUGAUUUAUAGAUUUUUAUUGUGCAGAAAUUCCCCUUCUUCCUAUGUACUUGCUUCAUGUCAUCAGAAGUCGUUUUUAUUUUUAACAGAAUAGGUACUAUUUAAAUAUUAUUGAAUUUUGUUUUAUAGUAAAUCUGUCAUCUGCACUGUAUCUUUUCUUUUAGUUUUAAACCAACAGUUGAACUAAAAAGCCAAAGUUCAAAAGCAGCCAUAAAUGAGAGAAUACUUAGACAUUGUAUCCUUCUAACUGUUAAAACACAUCCUCUCCCUUUUUGUUUUUCAAAAUAUUUUAUUGGGGUACAAAUAAUUUCAUAUAUAAACUAUGAACUUAUGAAUACAUUGUUUACAUUGAACAUAAUUACUGAAAUUCCUGCAGCAUAACUAAAGAGAUGUGACUCACAUAUAUCCUGUCCACUACAUGGAAAGUCUCUUUUCUGCAUGAUGCUGAAUUUCAAAAUAUCUCGGAAAAUACCUUGACAUGUUGUAUUUUGCUUUAAAUUGAGUAUUUGGGUUUGCCUAUGUUUUCAAAAACACUAUUUUGUAGUGAAUAUUACUAUAUACAUCUUGUUUGAGGAAUAACAUAUACAUACAGUAAAAAAAUAACAUAAGAAAUAACAGAUACAAAUACUGUACAGUCAGGCUAUACACAGUAUAUGUAUGUAGAUUGACUUUGUGACGCAACAUGUUAAAACACAAACUGAAUCAGGAAGAUGAAACAGAGUCAUAGUCGUGUACAGUCAGUGGGUUACCCACAUCUUUGAAUCCUUUUGUGUGCAUUUCGAGGACAGCCCACUGCUGGUUCAAGCCUCAUACAAUGGCAGCUAAAUCGUUAUAUAAUGUAUUUUGUUUCUGAGUCCAGUGAUACGAAACACUGCACAUGCAUUUUACUGCCGUGAAGGGGUGCACUAUGCUACUGUAGUACACUCGCAGCAACAGGAAACAUUAUGCUCAUAGAAUAUGCAAAAUCUAGCAUUCUGCAGCACAGCUUGGCAAGUUGGUACUUUUUUGAGCUAACCCUUUAAAAGUUACUGGUUCAAACCCUGUUCUUCAAAUUGUGUGUUUUCUAUUUUAACUGUCAAAUCGGACCAAAAGAAUCCAAGUUGGCUGUAAAUGUGUGCUAUAUUAAAGAUGAAAUACGCUUCUGUUUGAACUGUAUCUGAUGUAUUUUUCUUGUGUGAAGGCUUCUGUCUUUGUAUCUUUGCAUUAUUAUUUGUAAAUGAAAAAAAAAUAAAUAUAUCUGAAUAAGCAAAA